AUGUCUCUCAUGAAGCACAUGGUGUACAAGACAUGCUGGGCCAUCAUCUUCACGCUCAACCUUAUUGCUGUAAUUCUAUCCUUCACGUCUCGCUGGGAAGGUGGUUAUGAGGUAUCGAAGUCACUCCUCCUUGUAACAGUGGUCAUCCUGUGGCUGUCGGCGAUGGCGACAAACAUCGUCGUCACUGACAUUGCAGCCGAGUACAUCUGCAUCCUUCUCGGAGCCGCGAAGCUGCACGGAUUUGACAAGCCGAAGGAAAUGAAAACUGGUCUUCUCGAAGCUCCAGAGUGCGGUGAACCUUACAUCGUUGUUUACUGUCUCAAGAGCAAGGCGGCUGAGGACAUAGACGACACUCUGGCGAGUAUGGAAAAAUCGUGGCAGAGCAACAAGGACUACCCCAACGCCGUUUACCUAAUUCUCAGUGGGACGUCCGAUGAAGAGUUGUACGCGGGGGAGAGGGAGGCCAUCGACUCGUGGAACGCGUUGCACUCAGAGGAUGGAGUUGUGUGCAGGUACCUUCGCCGGAACAGGUCAAUACUGUACAAGUACGGGCAGUACCUCGAUUUUAUCAUGUUGAUCAACGGCCACGACGGGACCGGUGGAGAGAACAGUGUCGCUUUGUACAAGGAUGCCCUCCCAGAGGAUGGAACCGGGUGCUUUGAUGCGUCCUCGGAUGUCGACUUCUUUAAGGGCCAUCUCGAGUUCGACCGUCUGGUUAUUCUCGACAAGGAUAACGUCUUGGGAGCUGCCUUCUUUGACAAAGCGAACUCACUCUACAAACAAAGCGACUGCGACAUUGCCAUCAUCCAGCCCGCUAUCGUCUCUCCCGACAUUGAUACCCGGACGUCCGACGGAUCUGACACCUUUUACGGAUCUUUCACGAUGGCAUCUCACGAUAUGGGCUCGAAGAUGGCCGCUUUUCGAUCAGUGUUCUUUCCUUCCGCGACGUUCUUCGGGAAAGGCGUUAUCCGGCGAACCAAGUACAACGAGCUGCUUCUGGGAUACAACUGCCAGACGUACACGACAGAGGAAGGCACUCGGCUGCCUAGGGACCUUGUGAGCCACGACAUCAUCGAGAGCAGCAUCAUGACGUGCAUCAAGGACCCCACGCUAGAGAUUAUUGAAGGAUUUCCGGGCACUUGCCUGGAGUGGCAUCUACGGCAGAGCCGGUGGGACCGAGGCGACUUGAUCCUGAGCAAGUAUUUGUUCGCUUGGUCAUACGGCCUUCCUGCGAACUUCUGCAGUCGGUUCUCGAACUCGUCGUGCAUUCCGUUCUACAGCUCAUUCGCGUCGAGAUCCACGGUGCACACUGGAACCUUUAAUGUCCGGGUGAUCGCCAUACGGCCUCUGGUCGUUCUUGCAAUCUUGUUGUACUCGAACCUAGGCGGAAACGCCAGGUUGUUCGUCUCGGAAAUCUACAUGUUGGAGAUUCUUCUUGUUCCAUUUGUCGUCAAGAUAGUAACGGCGACCUCGUUCUCUUCGGGGAUGUUCCUGACAGUACACGACAUGUACAUUGGAGCGAUCGACAUCUACUACGGUACAGCCAGAACAAUUCGAGCUCUCGUGUCGAUAGCAUACGGGGUUGGUGGCUGGAGCCCUUUCGGUGACGAGGGUCACACCCCGCUCAUCACGAUGCUGCACUAUUGCCGCUGUGUGCUUGUCGAGCUCGUCGUUGCCCUGUGCCUUCAGAUUUGGUGUAUUAAAGAGUCUUUCGACGAGCAAGGGCACUUUCGGGAGAUGCAUGUGGGGUUGAUAAUUUGGUUAGGGUUUGUGCUCGCGCACCCAUUCUACGUGUUCGCAACGGCCCACAAGGUAUGA